CCAUCAGAUCACCGCCCUACCGGUCCCCAUUUCUACCCCUUCACCUAGAUCCGCCUCGACCUUCCUCCUCACCCGAUUAUUUCCUGUCCCCUCACACCACGCUGGCCUCCAUAUAAAUCCGACCUCGUCUCCCGCCAGCUCCCCAUCCACAUCAUGUCGCGGCACACCGCCUCCUCCGACGCCGGCCACCGCUUUUCCGACACAAACGACGUCUUCCGGAGGGCAGACGAGUCGGAGGAGGAAGAUACCCUUGUCUCGGACGACGAGGUCGAACCCGCCGUACGCAUUAUACCAGACGAAGGUCACCCCUCUCCCGUCCGGGCCUACUUCAUCCGGGCCAUCGCUCUGCUAUGUGCGUGUUCGCUCAGCAUAGGGAGUCAUUAUGCCUCCUACAUUCUUGGACCGCUUAAGUCGCGUCUGGCACGCGAGAUGGGCACGAACAACACAGAGUUCUCUUUGCUCAUCUCGGCCUUCUCCCUCAACAGUACGUGGACUCCGCUGGUCGGUGGUCUGCUCGCCAGUAGGCUCGGCACGACCACCACGAGUAUUCUCGCGACUGGUGUCAUUUUCCUCGGCCAGGCGUUGCUCCUCUUCGGCAACCUCACCGACAGCGUCCGCCUUAUGACCUUCGGCAUGUGGGUCUAUGGCCUCGGUGUCAGUCCGUUGGCAGUAGUUCAGGAGACGAUCAUCGUUCGUUUCUUCAAGUCGCAUGGCCUCGGUGUCUCUUUGGCAUUGGGCCUUGUUGCGGGCAAAGGCGCGUCGUUCGUGGCGGCCCGCACAUCGUACUCCCUCUCCGAGCAUCUCGGGCCCCAUGCGCCCUUCUAUGCUUCCACCAUUCUCACCGCCGUUUCCUUCUUCGUCAACAUCAUCUAUGUCUUUGUAUCCAAGUGGCUUGUCCGUGAGUCGGGGACGGAGCUCGAAGCCUGUGAACUCCGUGAAGAGGCGGAGAACACGCAGAUCUGCCUCACCGAGGCCGAGGCACUCAAAAAGGUUGCCAAAAAGCGUAUGGUGUACCUUCGCGAUAUCACCAAGCUAGGCGAUGCCUUCUGGGCUUACAUCGGACUGAAUGUUCUCUGCGGUGCUAUAUGGGCGCCUUUUACUCACCUCGCGGCAAACAUCAUCGAGAAGCGGUAUGGGCUUACGGAGCGCGACGCCAGCAUCAAGGGAUCGUACCUACUGGCGGGUAGUGUGGCAUUGUAUCCUGUGACUGGCUUCCUUGUCGACCGUGUCAAGCGCCGCGGAUUUGUCAUGCAGCUCUUCACGGCGUCAUCGAUACUUACUCUUGUAUGCUAUGCCUGGCUGGCGCUGCCUCCGAGCUGGACCAAGUCGCCAAUGCCAGGCAUCAUGGCCUUCGCGUCCGGCCACGGAUUCUCUCCACUUCUUCUCGUCGUCAUCGUUCCCAGGCUGGUGCCGGCCAAGUAUGUGUCCACGACCCUCGGUGCUCACAAGGCUUUGGAACAAGUCGGAUCGACCGCCUUCCAGACACUGGCAGGUGUCGCUCUCGACAUCACCAAAAAGAAGUCCACCGAGUUCACAGCACCGACGGGUGGCGACUACAGGAGAGACAUACAGCUUGUCCUGAACGCUUUCCUAUUCCUCAAUGUGCUCCAGCUCGUAGGCAUCGUCGGCCUUGCCUGGCUGGACCGCAAGCGACGGGGGUCUGCUUCUCGGAGGCAGAGUGCCCUGUUGUCCGCGGUGCAGAGCGAGGUGGCACCUGAGGAGGAUGACGAGCGUGCUGCAGAGACAGCUAAGGGUAAGGAACGUGCGGGUGCUGUAUGGCGUGUCGACAACAUGCACUCGUCCCGGUCUCGCGAGUGCAGUCGUGGCCCUUCCUGCUGCCGCGCAUCGACUUCAGACGAAGUGCAGAGCGUACCUCUUCUGCGCGACCACUCCCACUCGCGGCACCCGUCGCACCGUGACAGCCGCUAUGUGAUUGCCCCGCUCGCACCCGCACCGCUGCCGCCGCCUCACCUGAGGACGUCCAAGGCUGUUUUGCGGCGGGGCGAAGUUUUUGCGGCGAUUUCGGCUAUGGCGAUCUUCUUUGCUUGGGCGUUGUUCAUUGGGACGGCGUACAUGCGGUUGCGGUCGAAGGAGGAGAGAGGGAGUGCGGGAGUACCGUGAACUUGGAGACUUCUCACAAUGGACAGGGUGUGUACGACAACAGCAUUUCCAUCUAUACAUAGCUUCGUAACAUGUAUCAUUAGAGCAUAUCAUGACCGUUACGACAAUUCUAAUAUUAUACGAUAUCUUUUCUGUUGUACUUGUG